GCAACAGCGGAGCACGACGUAAACAAACCGGGCUGCUUUACUGUUAGUGUGGCGGUUAUUAACGGGCAUUAACGGCUAUUAACGGUUAUUUUAACGGGGCUCGCGGGUCCCGUCAGCCCGGGGUGGUUCGGUUAGAGCGGCGGGUGACGGUUACCAUGGUGAAGUGUGUCGUCUCCGGCUGUCCGAACCGCUCGGCCAACAGCAGCCGGGGGGUCUUACACAGACCCGCGAAGAGGUUCUUCAACUUCCCCAGAGACCCCGCCAGGGUCAAGGUAUGGCUGGCGGCGCUGAGGGAGACAGACAAGCAGGACUCUCUGGAGCAGCACAUGAUCUGUGAGGACCACUUCCUGCCGGAGGACGUCAGUAAAAGUGGCGUCAACAGCGACGCCAUCCCCAUCAUGCCCCCGUACCUGGACGGGCCCCUGGGAGGCAUGAUCAGCCCCUGGGGGGCCGAGUCGUCUGAUGAGGAGGACCAGUGGGCCCCCGGGGGCUGUGAGGAGGAAGAGGAGGAGGAUGAUGGUGCUGAUCAGGCUCCUGUUUAUGUGGAGCUUCCAGCACGAGAACCUGCUGCAGUGGAUCCACCUCAGCAGGAUCCAGAAGUGAAGAAGAGUCCAGAGGCCAAGAUGAGGUUACAGUCCACCAACUUUAACUCUAUGGGCUCUAUGACCGGUCCGCCAGGAGCGGCGGGCUCCAGCAGGAACAGCUGGAGGCAGGGUGUCAGUCUGCCUCAGAGGACAGAAGGGCUGCAGGCCAAGAAGAACAGAUCAGACGUGGCUCUGGGGCAGCUGACUCAGCGUUUCCUGGAGCUGCUGAUGGCCGACCCAGAAGGUUUGGUGGACCUGCGGCAGGUCACCACCAGCCUGCAGACACGCCGGCGGAGAGUCUAUGACAUCACCAACGUCCUGGAAGGCAUCAGCGUCCUGGAGAGGCAGUCGGCCAACCACUUCAAGUGGAUAGGAAGCUGUCCCGUCUCAAACCUCCUGUGGAACCAGCACAAGUUCCAGAGAGAGCUGGACAACCUGAAGCUGGUGGAGGAAACUCUGGACACGCUCAUCAAAAGCUGCGCUCAGCAGCUCUUCGACAUGACCGACGACACGGAGAACGCUGAGUUUGCCUACGUGACUCACGAGGACGUCAGCCGGCUGGAAGUGUUCCAGGAGCAGACGGUGCUGGUGGUCAAAGCUCCGGAGGAAACCAAGCUAGAGGUUCCUGCUCCCAAAGAGGACAGCAUCCAGGUCCACCUGAUCGGGGGCCGGGGUCCCAUCACCGUGCUGACCUGUGAUGUGGGGACCAGAGAGCAGAGCGAGUGCUUCCUAACGCUGGAGGAGAGCCGCUUAAAGACAGACACGCUGCACACAGAGCCCUCGACUCCACAGAGCGCUGUGCAGAGUGCAUAACCUCCCGCUGGCCACCAGGAGGCGCCAUAUGUCCUCACAACUCAGACACAAGCCUGAAAAACUACACAAGUCUGCAGGGAGCAGGACGGUCAGACUGGACUGUUGCACAGAUUUACACUGAUCCACGUUUAAAUCAGCUGAAACUUCCACCUGAACAAAAGACACUUAAAUCACAUGAAAGACUCGUGGAUCAGUUUUAUUUGCACUGUUGCAAAGUUUUCUUUUUUAACUCUUCCU